CUAAAAGAGCCAUGAUGAAGUGUCCACGUCAAAAUCCCCCGAGAAUUGUUUCCAAGCUGUUCUCGUUGCAUCUUGAUUCUUGAUUGAGAUAAUUGGAACGAAAACUUUGAGAUUUUAAGAACCACCUUCACAUAUUCACAUCACAAUACACACUGAUUUCAUACACUAGAAUACCCAUUCUUCUUCCAUUCUUUUUUCAGUUCUAGGUUAAACUUGUUGGAUGGAGGUGAUUCUGAAGGAGAAGGAGGCUGAUGACUGGGUUUACAGAGGCGAAGGAGCUGCUAAUCUUGUUCUCUCUUACAUUGGAUCAUCUCCUACAUUUACUGGGAAAGUGAUGCGGAUACGUAAAGCUUCAAGGAAUGAUUCACUGACUGAGACUUCAACCAGCCCUUCUGCUUUGACGGCUCAAGAACGGUACCUCUGGAAAGAUGUUGAUGAACUCAUUUCAUCUUCUGAUAAGGAAAUUGCAAGCCAGCUGUUUGUUCUUCAUGUUAUGAAGCCAUUGCUUGGUUCCAAGUUUGUCGAUGCUGGUAUGCAUGUUCAAGUCACGAGAGGAUUUUUUGAAUCGGUUGAAAAGAAUGUUAUUCUUCAGCGGCCUGCUUGGAGAGUUGAUACUGCCCAGGUCGACAUGCGUUGUGAUUAUGUGCUUGUCAUGUCAGAUCAUUCACUCUUCGACCAUGGUAACCUUGGAUCUAGCCCCUGCAUAUCUGUUGAGAUAAAGCCCAAAUGCGGAUUUCUUCCUGUUUCAAGAUUCGUAUCUGAAGAAACUGCUAUCAAAAAGAGGGUAACUCGCUUUGAAAUGCACCAAGCCCUGAAAUUGAAUCAAGGAGAGAUAUCACUGCCAAGUGAAUACAAUCCACUAGAUUUGUUCUCUGGAUCCAAGGAAAGAAUUCAUAAAGCUAUCAAGGAUCUCUUUACUACGCCUCAAAACAAUUUCCGUGUAUUCAUGAAUGGGUCUCUCAUAUUUGGCGGACUAGGAGGUGGUGCAGAAGAUACAAACUUGUGUAUUGCAAAAGCAUUUGAAGGUGCACUUAAGUCCAUAGUUCAAGCUGAUGAUGGUUUAUGUACCGAGAACUUCCUCACUCUUGUUGCCGACGCUGCGCAUAAAUCAGGAGUCCUUGAUCGGCUCUUGGAAGUUCAAAAGCUUGAUGAUGUUGACAUAGAGGGAGCUAUUCAUGCUUAUUAUGAUAUUACUCAUCAGCAGUGCAUGGUUUGCACGGAGUUGAAUGAAGAUCAAAUGAAAACAUAUGCCCCUUUGCAUUCAGCUUCAUUGGAUGAAAGCUUGAAAAUUGUAAAGGACUACUUGAUAGCAGCAACUUCAAAAGACUGCAGUCUGAUGAUAUGUUUUAGACCAAGCAAAGUGGUGAAUUUGGGAUCCGCAUGGAAUAAUGUAUAUCUUGAGUCAACCAAGCAAACAUUUGAUUUUAAGGUGCAUUUUAUCGACCUGGAUUUGAAGCGGAUGAGUAAAAUGGAAGAAUAUUAUGAAUUAGACAAGAAGAUAGUAAGCUGCUACAGCAAAAUGAUCAAAAUGGAUCAAGGAACAAAUGCAUUGACGAACUUGCAAAAAUCUUAGUUGCAUAUUGAGAUCUAAUAAACUCUGGCUAUAGAUGGCACUGGAGGAAGAUUGUGUUUGUAAGUAGAGGAACGUGUCUGGUUUUUCCCCUGGUCAGCCUAGUUUGGCCGUGGCUUGACUGAUGAUGAUAGGCUUGUGCCAUACAUACGAUGAUCUAUCAAGCUGUUACGAGGUUCCUUUCCCGGACAUUCUUUUGUACUAUUUGUUCAUUCAUUUUGAUUCUCGACUUUUGGUUAGGUAGUUUUUAUAUAACUGAUUCACUUGUGUAUGGCAGAAACUAUGGCGUAAGCAAAACUGCGCACGCUGCCAAAAGGUGAUGAAGUUUAUAGCAACUAGAUUUUGGCCCGCUCGAUGCGCGGGAUUUUUUCAACUUUUUGGAGUAAUUAAAAUAAUUAUGAUAAAUAUAUAAAUUUAUUUGGAAUAUGUUGAUAUAAAAUAAUGUGAGAUUAUAUUUUGUAAAAUAUUAUAUGCAUUUAGUUUUUAUGUGCAUAAUAAGAUUA